CUGACUGUACAUAAUUAAUUGAUUAAUGUUACCUGUAUAAAUAUCGCAAAAUCAACUUUUUCACUUGAUCGGAAUCGGCGGUUGAAGCUGAAGCAUCGCAAUGGCCUCCCGAGGACGCACGACAACUACAACUAAGACGACCGACGCAACCACGGAAGUGCCGAGAAGCAAAUCCAAGUCCAAUUCGAAAUCCAAGUCCAGAUCCAAGAGCAAAGGUCGAGGAUCAUCACCGACCCUGUUGAAGCGACAGAGAAGUCGACUUGACAGUGAGUUGAGGAACAAAGACAAAAAACAUGCGAAACAUGACAUCGACAGCAUCAUAGCCAAGUGCAAGAAGGACAACAGCAAGUUCACAGACGAAGAGUUUCCUCCUUCGCCCAAGAGUCUCUACUUCAAUGGAGCGAAACCAGUCAAGACCUCAGUGCAGUACAACGAGCAGAACCAAGAUGAGAAAGUGUACAAGUGGCUGCGACCAGGAGAGUUCCAAGAGAGCGAGAAAAGCAAAUUGGAAUGGGCAGUGUUCAGGGAACCCAAGGGGUCCGACAUCAUCCAGGGAGUGCUGGGAAAUUGCUGGCUCCUCAGCUCACUCGGAGUGCUGGCGGAGAAGCCGGAGUUCCUCAAACAACUGUUCCCCGUGGAAGAAUAUUGCGAGACAGGUGUAUAUGAGGUGCGUCUUUGUCGAGAAGGAACAUGGACUUUAGUUACAGUCGACGACCAGUUCCCAUGCGACAAACGAAACCGGCUCCUUUAUUCCGACUGUAGCCGACGUCAAUUAUGGGCGCCUCUUAUCGAAAAAGCAUGUGCAAAACUAUUCGGUUGUUACGAAGCUUUAGUUGCGGGCAAAUGUGUGGAAGGGCUGUCGUUACUAACAGGUGCCCCAUGCGAAUCCAUAAAUCUGCAGAAAAUGAAGCAUGAAAUUGACCCAGAUCAUGAAGUUAUUUGGGGUCAACUGCUUUCUGCUACACAAGCGGGUCAUAUUAUGGGCGCUUCUUGCGGCGGUGGUCAAAUGCAAGUUGAUGAUAAAGCUUUUGAAGAUGUAGGCUUGAAACCAAGACACGCUUAUUCAGUUUUAGAUGUAAAAUUAGUGGGCAAAAACCGCUUGAUUAGAUUACGAAACCCUUGGGGAAAGUUUUCCUGGAAAGGGGCUUGGUCAGAUGACUCACCACAGAUGAAAAAGGGAGGUAAUAAAGAGAAGUUAAAAGCAGACCGGGCAAAUGAUGGUGUAUUCUGGAUGGAGUAUAACGACUUAACCCAGUUUUUUGACAGCGUAGACCUUUGUAGAAUUAAUCAUGAUUGGAUUUUCACCAAAAUAAAUGGAAUAUUGCCCUCGCUAACGUCAACACAACAGCACAUGUCUUUAAUGACAAUACAAAAGUCAACAGAAGUUGUGAUAACGCUUUUUCAGAAGAAUAAUAGACAUACGAACAUGUCGAAAUGCAUGGAUUUAGCAAUAGUGGUUGCGAGCUGUAAUGAUAAAACGUUUGCGCCCAUUAAGAUGACAGCACAUAGUCGAAGACAGUUGAAAUCUUUCGUUAGCGUGGCGCAUGUUUUCAAACCGGGGACGUAUGUAGUUGUUCCGAUGGCGUUUAAUCAUUAUGACAGUGAACAGAAAAUGCCGACCAAGGCGAAACUGAAGAAGAUGCCGAAAUUUACCAUGACCUUUCAUUCCAUGUCUAAAAUUUCGGUGGAUAGAUUUUAUAUUGGAACUUAUACCAUGGCUGAUUGCUUGUGGCACGCGGCACAUCAAAAGGGGAUCAAACAUGAAGGUAGGAAAGGGAUGACAGUGUACUACUUGAGUGGAGGUUGGGCGGGACUGAUAGUGGCUGUGGAGAACAGAGACGCCGACCUGUUUCUGCAGAUCAAGUGCAACUGUGAGGACAGCACUAACGUAGUGGCCACCAGGGGAGACCUGCUCACUAUGGAUGUCAUACCGCCAAUGCACAGACAGGUGAUCGUGGUGUUGAGUCAGCUGGAAAUGUCAGGUGGUCAUCAGAUAAAUCAUAAAUUAACCCACAGAACCUCCACUGGGUCCGAUUUGGACAACUGGGCUCCCAAACAGACCAACGUGCCAGCUUUAACUCAGGCUAUCUGGGGUCUGCAUGCACCCCGGCCUCUAUAGUACGAAACGAGAAAUUCAACUACUAUAGAUUAUGUUGUGCAAUUCAUAGUCGUUUGGAGUUCCUCAAAUGGUCAUUUUGUUCGUUUUAUGGCUUUUCGCUUCAAUCAAUUCAAUUUGAAAAACAAUUGUGUCAAGUAAUUCACAAUUAAACUUGGUGGAUUAGUUAAUAACACAGAGUCUGCAGAAAAA